CAUAUAGCAUUCAUCGAUCCCUGACUGUUGAUAAACCCGGUCACCCUGUCCCCACAUGAAUGAAACAUAAACAAAUCGAGUUUUGUUCUUGACUUAAGCUCUUGUUGGUCCAUUUCUUCGUCCUUCCAGCAUCAUCAAGAUGGUCUCGUCGUCGUCGUCGUCUUCCGAGACGGAGGGCUCGUCUUUGUCGGGCACUCCGCCCAAACCGCACCCCAUGUCGACGUUGUUGGGUUACAAUCCGGAGAGUGUCUUGGAUCGGGUGGCUUAUCGUGCCUUCAGCAUCUUUUUGGGACCGGCCAAGUUCAUCGCCGAUCUCACGGACAAGCCUCAGCGGGAACAAUACCCCUGGUAUCAUCGGCGGUUCCAACGGGUGCCCACCAUCGAUGAAUGCUACACGGAUGACAACGUGUGUCGCUUCGAGGCCAAUCAGCAAUUCAUCCGGGACCGCCAAGUAGAUCGAGCCAUUCUGAACAUCCUCCAAAAUCGCUUCUGGAAUUGCUGUUCCCAUAACAUGGGAAAAGAAUUUGCGGCCGCCGAUCCUCGAUCCCCAUGCUACCAACUCAAGCAAGACCAUGCCACCGCCACGACGAACUAUUACAUCAAAUAUGGAGAUACGUCUGUUCAGGCCAAAGCUGAGGAUAUGUUGAUGAAGCAGAAACACCGAAUGAUGUGGGAAAGACGCCAUGGACCCGUGGGAAGUGGCAAGAGGGUGGUGGCCGAACAGGAGUGAGGUGGGGAUUAGAGCACGCCCCCAGAGGAGACCAGCUGAUUGAAAGUCAAGUCAGUCGUGUUUUUCGUAGUGGAUUUUGUCUGGCGGAUUGCGUCAGUUAUCUUGAAGAAUAAAAAACAGUAUAUUUAAA